CUCUGAGCAUGUGGCAAACAUGAAAUGUGAGGCUGAGAAGUUCCCCUCUUCCCCCUUGGAGCCCCUGCGGGAACUUCAAUUCAACCUGUACUCCAGGGAGAUAAGUGGCUUCCACUGAAUAUGAUACUUGGAGCUCAUAGCGUGACUGUGUGUGAAUUUACCAGCAUCAUGGACGAUCAUCAUUCCCUGUGGGACGCGACGCAGCCAUGGCACUUAGAAGAUCCCACAUCAUGGCAAAUACCCGGCGAUUCCUCAGUACCAGCCGAUUUUCGUGCCUUCGAUUCAGUCCCCAACCCCACCGAUCCAUCUGCGCUGGGGGUUUUUCUGGAGCGUCAGCACGAAAUGGGGUACCACCAUCAUGGGAUGAUAUCACCGCCGCAUGAUGAUCACGACUGUGUCAUGUUAACAGAGCAUUUUCAAGCGGAUCCUCUUGUAGUAACGCCGCCAACCGAGCCGAUCGCGAAUGCUGAGCACAGGCUUGAUUCACGGCAGGGCGAUCCUUUUUUAGGACGUGAGUUAGGUCAUGAUGUAGAUUUGAAUACGGGUCCGGGUGGUCUGAGCAUGAUAGGGCAUGCGGAUUUGAAUGCAGGCCAGUUUGGUCUGAAUACGGGCCAUGGGGAUCUGAAUACAGGUCAUGGGGGUCUGAACAUAGUCCAGGGGGGUCCGAAUAUUGGUCAGGGGGAGCUGAAUCAGGGACAUCUCGAGGCACUACUACAGCCAGGACUUUUGGAGGCAUUCGUUGCUACAGCCGCUGAAGACGGCGCAGGCGGCAGCAGUAGAACUGGUAAGAAAAGCAAGGGAGGGCAUGGAGGAUCGUGGGGGGGAGGCGGAGGAGGCGGAGGCGGCGGAGGAGGAGCAGAGGGAGGAAAUACUGUGGCGGCUGUAGCGGCUGUAGAUUCUGUGGCUCCUGUAGCGGUUGUGACGGCUGUAGCGGCGCCUGUAGCGGCCGUAGCGGCUACAGCGGAGUGGAACAUGGACCUGCUGAGCGCGCCGCUGGGUUCGAGCCUGCAUCGCAAGCACCGAUCUUCACCGUCGGCUAGGGAUCCGUCAGGGUCGCCUCAAGUCUCGGCAACAGCUGCUGCUGCUGCUGGAGCUCCUGCUGCUGCCUAUGCUGCUGCUGCUGGCUCUUUUGGCGGUGCUGCUGGCUCUGCUGGCGCUGCUGGCGUUGCUUCUCCUGCCUUUGCGGCUUCUGCUGCUGCCGCGGCGUCCCCUGUCGCACCCUCCCCCACCGCGCCGAUUGCUUCUCCCUUUGCCGCUUCUCCAUUUGGCGGCGCUGCCUCCCCCUCCGUUGCCUCGCAUGCCGUCGCCGCGUCUCAUAACAUUGCCUCUCCCGCCCUUGCUUCGUCCGCUGACUCUGCUCCCACUGCCGCCUCUGCUGCAUUGCCGCCUGGAGCCCCCGGGUCCUUGCUUGAAAGAGAGAGAGAUUGUGGCAGUGGCGCUGCUGUUGGUGUUGCUUUUGGUGGCGCUGGUGUUGGCGGUGGUGGUAGCAGCAGUAGCAAGGAGGGAGGAGUGUCUGCUGCAGGAGAAUCGGUUCUAGAGCCUCGUAGGAAGCCCCUGGACUUAGCUAAGCGUCUGGCCAGCGCGGUUAAGUUUCAAAAGCAGCAGAUGUCCAGAGCUCAGUCAAACUCGCAGCAGCAGCAGCAGCAGCAGCAUCGGCAGCGGCAACAGUCGGUGCCAUACACAGGGACAGGGAUAAGGCAAGAGUCGGUACCGGGAAUUCAGGUUCUAGAAAACGCUAUGGGGGUUUCAGUAAGGCCAGUGGGGCGUGCUCAGUCUGUAGAGGAGAUUCUGAGUAGCCAGGGGAGUCCUGCUUUGAGAGUUGACUCAGAAGCACGACUCUCGGACCCGGACCAUGCAGCACGGGGAAUCCAUGGGUUCCCUGCCCUAGAAGACACGGGUCAAGGAGUUACAGGUCCCGGGAUCAUCAUAGGACAAGGGAUACUGGGGCAAGAAGUAGUAGGGCAAGGGGGUGUGGGACAAGGAAGUGUGAGGAGAGGGGUUGCAGGGUCGGGGGUUGGAGGAGGGGACUUAACUCUCCUGGCGAGUAGUCAAGGUCAGCCUUUGAGUGGCCAGCUGGAGAUGCCCCUGCAGGCGCCUUUCCCCACCCAACAGCAGCAGCAGCAGCAGCAGCAGCAGCGACAGGAGCAACAAGAGAAGCUGUGGGAGGCGCUGCAGGGUCGGCUGCAGCCGCAGCAACAGCAGGCGCAGCAACAGCAGCAGGAGCAGCAACAGCAGCAGGAGCAAGAGGGAGGGCGCGGAGAGACGGAUUCGCUUCUGUUUUCGCUGGUUCGACGGCAGCAACGGAGCCAGCAAGCAGGACAAGCCCAGAAUCAGACGGUGCAGCCGAAUCAGCAUCUGCAGCUUUGGCACUGGCAGCAGCAGCAGCAGCAGGAGCAGCAGCAGGAGCAGCAGGAGCAGCAGGAGCAGGAGCAGCAGCAGCAGAAUCGGCACCAGACUCAGUACCGAACUCAGCACCAAAGCCAGCAACCACAGUCAUCAGGGCAGCCAGAAACCACAGUAGGCCAUUCCUCCAACCCUACACCGCUACAGCAGUCGAAGCGGCCGCUACAGCCGUCAAAGCGGCCGCUACAGCCGUCCCAAUUCGACCUAGAGUUCCCCUUCGGCAGUAUAGACUCUAUGCGCGCAGCAGAGAUGGAGGCCAUAGAGAGGGCUAUUACAGGGUUCUCGCAGGGUGCUUCUAACGCGGACAGACUGGCACUGGGGCACAGUGAGCGAGCAGUAGGGGCAGUAGGGGCAGUAGGGGCAGUAGGGGCAGGCCUGAGGGGAAAUAUGGUGGGGAGAACGAGCCAGGGAGGGAGUAGGAGUGGUAGGGGUGGUGCUAGGGGUGAUGCUGUCGGUAGUGUUGGUGGUGAUGCGAGCGGCAGUGGUGGCGUUGGUAGUGGCAAGCGUGAUGGCAGUGCUGCUGCUGCUGCUGUGGUUGGGCUGACGGCUAUCUCUGGGGCAGGAAGGAGGGACUUGGUGUCCGAAUUAGCGUCUCUAGAAGGGAGAGGUAACCUCGGGGAUACUGGUAGGCUCUUGCAAGUUGAUAGUUUUGAGGCGCCUCAAAGCAAGGCAGGACGGAGGGACUUGGCGUCUGAACUAGCGUCUCUUGCAGGAGUUGAUACAGGGGGUACUGGGAGAUUCAUGCAAUUUGAUGGUUCAGGGGCACUAGUGCCAGCGUCAGCAGAAGCAGCAGCAGAUUCCGUGCUAUUUCCCUCAGGUUCGUUCGCGGAUACCAGGAGGUUCUCUGUUGACCCCUCAGUGAUGCGAGCUUUUGGUCCCACGGCCAGGAUAGCAGCAGCAGGAGGAGCAGCAAGAGCAGGAGUAGGAGUUGUAGGAGCAGAAGGAGCAGGAGUAGGCGCAGGAGUAGGGGGAGUAGGGGCAGGAGUAGGGGGAAUAGGGGCAGGAGUAGGGGGAGUAGGGGCAGGAGUAGGGGGAGUAGGGGCAGGAGUAGGGGGAGUAGGGGCAGGAGUAGGCGGAGUAGGAGCAGGAGUAGUAUCAGGGCAAUACGCCCGGAUUGGGGUAACUGCAGCAGGCAGAACAGCAAGAUACCCGUUCAGUAUAAGCGCCUUCGAUACAAGCACGCACCAGCAGCGCACAUUGACAGAUGCAUAUACAGUCACGCCAGUGGGAGGGGCGCCAGGUGGCGCUUCGGGAUCGGAGCAGUGGCUGCGGGGGGUUGUAAGAGCAGGGCUGGGGCAGCAGCAGCCACAAUCUAUCGAUCAGCCGAGAGUGGGUUGGACGGCAGGCAAUCAGCCGAGAGUCUAUCAGACGGCAGGCAAUCAGCCAAGAGUGGAGCACGUUCCGCGGGGGCUGAGUGCGUUUGGCGACACGGAGAGUGUGCGGGACUUGGAGAGUGGGCGCGUGUCGGACGAUUCUCUCAAGGACGACCUCCUGAAACUGGCUGAAGCUGUUGCUACCGGUGAUCAGCCGCGGAUGGUUGCCCUCACCAGGCGCCUGCGCCCCCUGUCAUCACCCUACGGCACGCCAAUGCAGCGCAUAGUGCACUACUUGCUCACUGCCCUAGCUAAGAGGGCCGCUGGGGCACUGGGCACAGACUACAUUGCCUACCUGAGCCGGGCACCUGAGGAGGAGGCACUGAUCCUGGCCUUCGCAGCCCACUGCCCCACUCUCCAGUUCUGCUACUCCGCCCUGGCCUGUGCCAUGCUGGAUGCAGCAGAGAACGAGCCCAACAUCCACAUUGUUGACUUUGCCAUGUGGGCGGGCCAGUGGCCAGUUGUCAUCCGCCAGCUGGCAGCAGCUGCCCGGAAAAGAAUGGCUGCGGCCGGCGUUACCAGCAACAUUGGUGCUACCACCACUGGUGGUAACCCUAGCAGUAACGUGAGGAGUAACACUAGUGGUGGUGCUGCUGCUGGCGGUAGCAACAGUCACCGAGCGGGGAGCAGCACCAGCAGCCAUGCCCGGCAAUCACCAUCCGCCUUCUCCUCUCCCUCCCAACCCGCCUCCUCCUCACCCUCCCCCACUCCCCUUCAAGGUUCCUCACCCUGCUCCUCCUCCUCUCCCAUCCCUCCCUCCUUCCUCCGAAUUCGUUUCACCGCUGUAGAUCCUCCCUAUGGUCACCCCUAUGGGACGGGUCCGAAGCUUCCUGCGGCUUUCCUGCAGGCUGAGCUGCUGCGGGUGGCGCAGGAGUGCGGUGUGAGCUUGUCCUUUUCCCGGGUCGAGGCGGCGCCGGAGACGCUGCGGGCGGCGGCAAUUGGAGUGGAGCGGGGGGAGUGUGUGCUGGUGAAUGUUGCUGGGCGGCUGGCGUGUGUGGCAGACUCUACAGUCCUGCGGCACAGCCCCAAGGAUUCUGCAGUGAUGAGAAUCCUGCAGCUGGAGCCCAAGGUUAUCACCCUGGUCGAGUGGGACUCCAACCAGCAGCAGCCCUUCUUCCUGCAACGUUUCCGUGACUCCCUCCACUUCUUCCUCAACGUAUUCGCCUCGCACGAGGCCCUCGCCUCGCGCUUCUCCUUCGGCCGCCGCGGCUUUGAGGAGUUUGUGCUCGCGCGGGAAAUGGUGAAUCUAGUAGCCUGUGAGGGAAUGCAGAGGCUGGUAAGGGCUGAGAGCCUCGACCAGAUGCAUGUGCGGAUGGGGAGGUUGGGGGUGGCGGCGCGGCAUUACAGUAGGAGGAGCAUGUGGGGGUUGAGGGAACUGAUCGCGCCGUAUCCGAAAGGGUUUGCGGUGGAGCGGCACGAGCUGGGGGGGGUGAGGUUAUUAUGGAAUGGCAAGUCGAUUCUGGGGGCGUCUGCGUGGACUGGAGGGGGGGAGGAUGGGAGUGGAUGAGAGGGGGUUAGGGCACGGCAUAUACAGUAGAAGGAGUAUGUAGGGGCUGUGGUGAGGCAUCACUCAUCAGGCAUCACUCAUCAGGUCACAGCAUUACAGUAAGAGGAGCACGUGGGGGUUGAGAGAGUUGAUCGCGCUGUAUCCGAAAGGGGUUUGCAGUGGAGCGGCAUGAGCUGGGGGGGGUGAGGCUGCUGUGAAAUGGCAAGUCGAUUCUGGGGGCGUCUGCGUGGACUGGAGGAGCAGCAUAGUAUGAUAGGAGUGGAGUGCUCGGCAGCAGUAUUAACACAGCAGCGACAGCAGCAUCGACUGCAGCAACAGCAGCAACAACAGCAGCAGCAAUAGCAGCAUUAGCAGCAGCAGCAGCAUCAGCAGCAGCGGCGGCGGCAGCAGCAGCAUCAGCAGCAGCAUCAGUAUCAGCAUCAGCAUCAGCAGCAGCAUCAGUAUCAGCAUCAGCAUCAGCAUCAGCAUCAGCAUCAGCAUCAGCAUCAGCAUCAGCAGCAGCAGCAGCAGCAGCAGCAGCAGCAGGAGAAGCAGUAUCAAGUCAAGGAUCCUUUUUUUUUUGCGGCCGUUUUUCACUACUUGUGCCUCCCUGCCCUCGAUCCUUCCUUUCCUAAAGGGGUUGGCUCAAGUGCUGAAGUCGUCUUAUGGCCUUUCGUCUACCGCCAGUGCUGCCAUAUGCUUUUUCGCUUCUAUGGUGCAUUCACAGUUGUUGCUGCAGUGCAGUUUGAUAUUCAUGAUUUGUCAAU